AAUGGAGGGGGGGGAUUGGAGUGUAGGUGUUAAUAUGCGUGGGUGGAUCUGACGGGUAUAUAAAUCUCGUGCAUGAGAGAGAAAUCAUGCAGUCGGCUGACUUUUGCGCAUGGAAUUCAGAUAAUGGGGUUACCUGGGCUCAAGGGCCCGACAAUAUGAAUGAACUGGUUGGUAUGUCGACGUAAAGUUUUAUUUCCUAAAAAAAAAGGCGUUGGUAUCAUAUAAACAAAGUAAAAGAAAGGAAAAAAAAACAAAUUUAAUUGUAUCAGACACACCCUGUGAUGUGAUACGAAUUGAGAAUAAAAGUCUUGUUAUAAAAAAGUGACAUUUUGAACUUCCGUGAUUUUCAGGCCGACAGCGGUGCCAGGCGUGUCGGUACAACAGUUUGGUCCCGCGGUGCCAAUCCUGGGCAGCGGUCGUUGCCGGGAUGCUGGGCAGUCCUUCAGUGUCCGCCUGGACGGUAGCGGAGGAAGUAGAAGUAUUGCUCUUCUGGGUGAAGUGUUUUCUUGAGAGACCAGUUUCUGUUUUGAAAUACGUUUUUACGCAAAAGUUGGAAGAAUAUUAUCAUUUCUAAUAACAACGUUGUGUUCUAUACCGUGUACUUUGGAUGGAUGUGUGUGGAAGGAAUUUGACGAUACGAUAUUACUUUAACAAUAUCUAAAGUUUUUUGCAACAGAUAUCCAUAUACAGAUACAUCAUGUGCUAACAAUAGAAUAUUUCGAAAACCAAAAAAAAAGAAAAAAUGAAACAUAAAUAGAAUCUUUUAAAAUACCCAUACACCAAAUCGGAUAGAAAAUAAACCAGUGACAUUAACAUUGAAAGAAAGAAGUUAAAACACCAAAAAAUAAAAAAUAAAAUAAAAUAAUAAUAAUAAUAAUAAUAAUAAAAAGUAAAAUAAAACAAAACAAAAGCGAGAAAAGGAAGAGAGAGAAAACAGAAGAUAAUCAAAAUAAAUUGUGGAAGAAAGCAGGCUCAGUAUAAAUGCAACUGAAACGCGGAAACUGAAGUCGCUGCCACCACCAUGAGGGCGAAACACUGGUGGCAGGCGGUGGUGGUGUCAGUGUGGUGUUGGCAAGCGUGGUGUUUUGUCAGCGAGGGUGACAUUCCCAGCGGUCUGGAAGAUAGCCCUUUGACCGAGGUCCGAGCUGUUGCAAAUGAAAGUGUGUUGCUCCCUUGUGACAUGGAGCCUCCCGCACCCAACGACACCACACUUCUCGUCCUUUUCUACAGGGAUGGUGUGGGGACGCCGAUUUACAGCCUAGACUCCCGCAGCGUGGCCCUGGAGAGAGGCCGGCACUGGGCAGCCAACGACCUGGGCAUCAGAGCCUACAUGAUGGUGGGGCGGAGGAAAACCGGGCUGUUCCUCGAAAGGGUUCACUUGGAGGACCAGGGCGAGUACCGCUGCCGGGUGGACUUCCUCGAGUCACCCACCAGGAACUUGAGAAUCAAACUCGAUGUUGUGGUUCCUCCUCGUUCCAUGGCAAUCACCAGCGACCUUGACCCCGGAAAAGAAGUCACUAAGUUCGCGGGUCCUUACCCUGAAGGAGCUGAAGUGAGGCUGUCAUGUCAGGUUAUAGGAGGUAUUCCUCCGCCCACGCUGACCUGGUGGCAGAAGGGGUCACUGCUGGACGAUGUGAGCGAGGUCAACACCAGCAACUUGGCGCGGAAUACCCUGACCUUGCCGCCUCUGACCCGCGCUGAUCUUCAUAAGGUGUUGACGUGUCAGGCAGCCAACUCUGACCUUCUGAUUCCUCUCUCUACCGCUGUUACGAUCGAUAUGGAUUUCGCUCCGACGUCCGUGCGGCUUCUCGAGGGUUCCGGAGGCGAGGUCACCAUGUCCGAGGGGAGGUCACGAGCCCUGGUGUGCGAGGCCAAGGGGUCACGCCCCCCCGCCCGGAUCACGUGGCUCAUGAACGGAGAAGCUCUUCCGCAGCAUCUCACGAAGGUCGAGGAGGAGGUCGAGGUCGACGUAAGCCGCUCCACCUUGCACCUGGUCUCGAGGGCGAGCGAUGACGGAUCCACACUCACCUGUCGAGCCGCUAGUCCCCGCUUGCCCGAAUCGCCGCUAGAGGACUCUGUCACGCUCUCGGUUUUGUACAAGCCGCAGAUGACGCUAGAACUCGGGAACAACGAAGAACUGAAGAACAUGGAGGAAGGAGAUAACGUGGUGUUCAAGUGUGUCGUUAAAGCGAACCCGCCGGUGAACGGAGUGCAGUGGGCCCACGAUGGCGUCCCCCUCAAGAGCAACGCGUCCCUGGGCAUCGACGUCAGCAGGACAUCGCUCGUCCUCAGGAACAUCAGCAGGACUUCGUCAGGAGUUUACACCUGCGCGGCGGCCAACGCGGAGGGCGCCACCACGUCGGCGGCCCUGCAGCUGGGGGUCAAGUUCCCCCCCACGUGCGCCCAGGGCCAGCACGCGGUGUACGGAGCAGCGAGGCACGAGGAGCUGCAGGUGCCGUGCCGUGUGCACGCCCACCCCGUCCCGUCGAUGUUCAGAUGGGCGGUGAACACAUCCACCGGCGUCGUGGAUGUGGCCCUCAACCUCUCCAGCAGCAGCGGCAGGAUCAGCGUCGUCAGGUACACCCCGCAGACGCACCACGACUUCGGGGAACUCCUGUGCUGGGCGGUGAACGACGUCGGCCGCCAGAGGGAGCCUUGCGUGUUCAGCGUCGUGCCUGCGGCCAAACCCGAGGCGGUGUCUUCGUGCGAGGCGGAGCGGAACUCCUCGAUGCCGGCGACGUACGUGGUGCUGUCGUGCCUGCCGGGGUGGGACGGCGGCCUCGAGCAGACCUUUAACCUCGAGGUGCGGCAGGCGGCGAAGGAGGAGCUGCUGGAGGAGUUCAGUCACGCCCCGGAGCCCUUUUUCAUCAUCACGGGCCUGAAGGUGGACGUCCCUUACCUGAUGACGGUGACGGCGGCCAACAGUCGGGGGACCAGCCCGCCCAUCACCAUCUCGUACACCGCCCCCUCCGCCUCCGCCCACAAAGUUGUCUCCUCGCACGCCCACAACACGCUCCUCUCCAUCACGCCCUUCGUGGUGCUCCUGAUAGGCGUGGUCGCGGCGGUGUCGACGUGCGUGGGCGUGGGCGUGAUGGUGGCCAAGAGGAACAGACGAAGGAAAAGCGGCGCCGAGAUCCUGUACGCUGGGCCCCUCAAGGACGUGCAUGACAGCCGUGACGUGCACACCAUCGUCUGCGUCAACCACGCUGACACCGAGAAAGAGGAGCUGAUGAGAACCCUGGCUGGUUCAGGUUCACCGAGUUCCUUCUACGUGAAUCCCGGAACGCUCUUAAACAACUACGGCCGCGCCCCGCUCGAGACGGACGUCCUCCUGCGGGACAAACUGACUCCCAUGGGCGGCUGCCUGGCGCCCCUGGCCUCCACGGACUCCCUGGGCCAGUGCUCGACCCCUUCGUCUGUGUGCACCGCCUCCUCGAAGACCGCCUCCUCAAGGUCGUCCCGAACGUCCUCCUCAACGGUGGCGCUCAAUCCUGACUACCUGACGAAGGACGAUGCGAGAGAACCGCUUACCUCCCCGUCGGUGGCGCCGCCGAAGGAGAGCGCUGUCUAGAGGUACCUUCGAGGGGACGCGGAGGGAUAGAAGGACGUUAGGAAUAGACGCAGGGGGAAAUAAAUCUGGGAGUAACGGGAGAGAGAUAAAGGAUCAUUAGGAAGGCUGGGAAUCCCCUCAGCAUGGCUCGUGGCGGCGCAAUCAAGGGAAAGCGGGCCGUCGGGAAGUUGUCGAAUUCCAAGGUGCCGUCAACAGCAUGUACUAAUGAAACCCAACGCGAAACUGGCUCGGCUCCAGACGCAGUAAUCGAAGAAUGCGGAGCGAGUGCGCGGAGAUUGUGGAACUUCCGUUGACACUGAUUGUGGAUUCUGAAAGAGAUAAAAGAAAAACAUGAAGGAAAUUGCGGCCGAGGUACCAAAGUUGGAGUGAUCUCAGAGUGAUUUUAACCGCGGUGAAACUGCAUGGCAUAGCAAAGAUUUCGGACGGUUUCUGUAGUACAAGUGUGAAAUAAGAUUAGGAAUUUUCCAUUGUGCGCAAGGCAUCACGAAGGAAUGAUGAGCUUGUAGUAUUUUAAAGACUCGGAAAUGAAAUGAAUGAUAUUCACAUUUAAGAAAUCUCACAACCUUAAUAUAGGAGAAAAAGAAAGAAAGAAAAAACUUCUAUAAUGUCAGUGUUCGUGAGCAGACAGACACAGACUAAUCAUCUCAGGCACGUGAGACACGAGAUACCAUAUCAUAAACCGUAGCAUUGGGUAAACGUUGAGAAACAGUAGUGAAGGUCGUCCUUAAUACAGAGAGUCGUGGCCCCCAUCUCUUGAAAUUGGUCGCUAGAGUUUGAUAUCGAGUGAAGGUCAAGGGGUCAUUCCCUCCAAUAAGUGGAUUUAAGCUGACCUCGGAGCAGUCACCGAAGAAGCUGGAGCUCACGGAAGCUCAAGACGCUUGAUCGAGAAACGAGAGAGAAAGUUACGAAAUCAAGCCCCAAGUGUGUAUCGAAGGCGGACGAAGAAAGUUUUGGGUUUUCUUGGAAGCACCGAUUUUUUUCUUCUUUUUUCUUUCUUUCUUUUUUAGCAGGUGAUCCACAGAUUGAAAAUGCAACUUCGAGCAGUCUGCUGAAAACGACCGCCAUCACGUAUGUUGUCCAGUCGGUUUGUGUCGGAAAUACCAAGACUUAGAAAAUGUGAACGUUUAAAAACUUUACUGGAACACUUCUUUCAGUUCAGUUUCGUAUUAUAACUUUAUCAUAGAAGAUUUAAAUAAUAAACACUGAGAUUAAGAAUUAGACAAACUCCCUUAAUGACUAAACCUUCAUCCCCCCAGCUCUUUAAUACACAGAGUAAAAAAAAAAAAAAAAAAAAAAAAA